GCAGCCAAAAAUUGGGCACUUGAGAAGCGCUGCCCAUCGAUCGUGAAGAUUAUUGAUCGUGCAAUUCGUGCGUAGUGAAAAUAAACUUAAGUUGAAAAGGAACGAAUACGACUGAAAUGAACACGAUUGCAGAUUAAGUGAACGAUAUUGGAUAGAAAAUAUGUAGCUACUUUUAUUUUUGUCAUAAUUUUUAAUAGUACGAAAAAAGCCAAGGGUGAAAUGUAUGUUUUUGAUUGAUCAUAUGUUUUUUGUUUGUGCAUAUUGCACAAAGUGCGCUGCAGUAGCUGCAUCGAACGUCUUCUGGAUGUGUGAUGCAAUGAAAAGGCGUUACUAGGCAACGAGACAUUUAUCUUCACUUGCGUCCAUUUAUCUUUCGGUGCAUCGGUAUAAAACGGAACGGUGCAAUAAAUGUGCGUGGCCCGCACGGUGCAAAGUCCUGCGUCGCUGUCGUUAUCUGAUAAGGGUGGGUAUGUUGGGGUUAAGCGGAAAGAGAUAGCAUACACUUCACGAGCCAAUGAUUGCCUAUGAACUCGAGGGGGCUGGUUCGCAUAAACCAGUCGCGCAAUUUUUAGUUUACGGAAGCACGUCAACCAACGUGGAUGCGUAUCGUCGACCGGUCUGGUGUGUUUAUUCAUACGCCUAUCACGCAGGGUCAUUGGCAUAAGUCAACGCGAUCAGAGCUGCAUCGAGUGCCAGUGUGCGUACGCUAAGCGUAUGUAAAUAUCUUUUUUGCGUGCCUUCUAGAAGUAAAUUAACACAUCCGUUUGCAAAGAUGCCGGCAUCCACGGUGAACAAGGAUCUGCAGGGCGAACGGAAUAAGGGUAGCUUCGAUAAGGACGAAUUCACCCUCUGGUGGGUUGGUGGCAAGGAAAAGCUGAAGGAAAAGCAAGAUCUAGAAACGUUUCUCGCCAACGAUCCGGACUUCCAUAACGAAACGCCGAUCCAUUUUCUAUCACAUAAGGAGCUGUACGAGGAAACGAUAAGACAGGCAACGGCCAUCUUCCGCAAGGUGCGCAAAUUCCACGAAGAUCGUGGAAAUGGUGACCCAUCCAACUACAUGCAAAAUCUCAGCGGACUGCUUGGCAAUGGAAUCAUUCGGCAGGGCAAUCCGUUGGGCAUCCAUUUUGCGAUGUUUGUACCGGCAUUGUUGGGCCAUGGUUCACCGGAACAGCAAGCCGAAUGGUUACCGCGUGCCCUGAAAUGCCAAAUGCUGGGCACGUAUGCACAAACCGAGCUCGGCCAUGGUACGUUUCUGCGCGGACUAGAAACGACCGCUACGUACGAUGAGCGUACGCAAGAAUUUGUCCUGGAAAGUCCAACGCUAAGCUCGUACAAAUGGUGGCCGGGAGGAUUGGCCCACACUGUCAACUACUGCGUGGUGAUGGCGCAAUUGUUCUCCCAAGGGAAAUGUCACGGUAUUCAACCGUUCAUCGUACAGCUACGCGAUGAGGAAACGCAUAUGCCAAUGAAAGGCAUAAUAAUAGGCGAAAUCGGCAACAAGCUGGGCAUGAAUGGCGUGAACAAUGGUUUUCUGGGAUUUGAAAAGGUGCGCAUUCCACGCAAAAACAUGCUGAUGAAGAACGCCAAACUGCUUGCGGACGGUACGUUCGUGAAGCCCCCAUCGCAAGCACUCACCUACGGCACGAUGAUGUUCGUGCGCGUAAUAAUUGUGCGCGAUAUGGCAUAUCUUCUGGCAAAGGUGGCCACCAUAGCCGUACGCUAUUCAUGCGUCCGUCGCCAAAGUCAUAUUAAUCCGGACCAACCGGAAGUGCAGGUGAUCGAUCACUUGACGCAGCAGUAUAAAUUGUUCCCGGCCAUUGCGAGAAGUAUCGUAUUUAAGCUGACUUCGGACAACCUGUGGGAGAUGUACAAUCAGGUGACGUCCGAGCUGGAUCAGGGUAAUCUUGAGCGUCUUCCAGAAUUGCACGCAAUUGCUUGCUGCCUAAAGGCGGUCACGACAGCCGAUUCCGCCAAAGCCGUGGAAACGCUUCGUAUGGCUUGCGGUGGUCAUGGAUAUAUGACCUGUGCCAACUUCUACAAUACGUACGGAUUUGUCACUGCGGCGUGUACGUACGAGGGUGAAAAUACGGUCCUUUUGUUACAGACGGCCAGAUAUCUUAUCAAGGCCUGGAACCAAGCACUUAAAGGACAGCCGCUUGGUCCGACGGUGCAAUAUUUGAACAGCUUUAUCCAGAGUCGAAACAAUCGUCAUCCCUGGCUUGAUACGGUGCCGGGAAUUGUAAAAGCAUUGCAAACUGUUGCAGCUGGCAAACUUCGCCUAGCCAACGAACACAUUGAGCAGCGCAAGAAAGCAGGCUACACGCAUGAAGAAGCGGUCAAUCUUACGUCCCUGGAGUUGGCACAGGCCGCAGAAGCACACUGCCGUGCGUUUUUGGUGCAAUCCGGUUACGAUAUGAUCGAAAAGCUCUGCCAAAAGGUUUCACCGACGCUGGCAAAGGUUAUGCGAACUAUUGGUGAACUGUACGCCUAUAACGAGGCGCUUGAUUCGAUUGGUAGUCUUGUGCGGUUUACAUCGAUCAGCGAGAGUGAUAUUAAUCGGCUUCAGGCUAAAUUAGAAACGGCGCUUUUGGCCGUUCGACCGAAUGCGGUCAACAUUGUAGAUGGAUUUGCUAUACCGGACGUUUUGCUCGGCUCACCACUUGGAGCUUACGACGGGAACGUUUACGAGCGGCUUUAUGAAGAAGCACAAAAAAGUCCCCUUAAUAAGGAACCGGUUAACAAAUCAUUUCAUCUGUAUCUGAAACCAUUCAUGCGUUCGAGCUUGUAAGAAGCGAUUCCACCGCAUGAGUGUGUCCUUUGGUGCUAUGAAUUAUUAUUUUAUAUUGGGGUUACGGGAAUUGUUAUUCAGUUUGGUGAAAUAAACAUGUUACGUUUCAAUA